UCUUUUGUGUUUAUCUUCUGCAUAUCGCGUAUGCAUAGGCGCGUUCAAGAUUACUACCUCUUCGGCAAUGGACGUGGACAAUAAGCCGAUUAAAUGAUAGUGUGCACUGUGUGCAAACGCAAACAUGAACAAAGGGUGGCUGGAGCUCGAGAGCGACCCAGGAUUGUUCACGUUGCUAGUUGAAGAUUUUGGUGUUAAAGGCGUACAAGUCGAGGAAAUAUAUGACCUUCAAAGCAAGUGCCAAAGCCCAGUCUAUGGCUUCAUCUUCCUGUUUAAGUGGAUUGAGGAGCGUCGAUCCAGAAGGAAAGUUAAUACUUUAGUGGAUGAAACUUCUGUCAUCGAUGAGGAGAUAGUUAAUGAUAUGUUCUUUGCACAUCAGCUGAUACCAAAUUCGUGUGCCACUCAUGCCUUGCUGAGUGUGCUUCUGAAUUGCAGUGGUGUCGAGCUCGGCACCACCCUGAGUCGCAUGAAAGCGUUCACUAAAGGCUUCAGCCCAGAGAGCAAAGGUUAUGCCAUAGGAAAUGCCCCCGAGCUGGCCAGAGCACAUAACAGCCAUGCCAGACCGGAGCCUCGGCACCUGCCAGAGAAACAGAAUGGGAUCAGUGCAGUGCGAACCAUGGAGGCCUUCCACUUUGUGAGCUAUGUCCCCAUCAAAGAUCGCCUCUUUGAGCUCGAUGGCCUCAAGGCCUACCCAAUUGACCAUGGGCCAUGGGGAGAGGAGGAGGAAUGGACGGAUAAAGCUCGGCGGGUUAUCAUGGAGAGGAUUGGUCUGGCCACUGCCGGCGAGCCGUAUCAUGACAUCCGCUUCAACUUGAUGGCAGUGGUGCCGGACCGUAGGAUGAAAUACGAGUCCAAACUUGAGGUUUUAAAGAAGAAUCGACAGACUAUUCUUGAAGGUCUACAGAAGAUGAUCCGACUCACCCAGCCUGAGCUUGUCCAUGACAAGAAGCAGCAGGACUCUUCCAUGCUUGAAGGCAGGACAAAUUCAAUCAAGAAAGAAACUGAUGCAGUGCCAGUAACAUCCCACGGGGCUGAUCAAGCUUCCCCUGAUUCUGUGGACAAGUCAGGAGGGAAAUUGAAAGCUGCUCCCGUUCCUUCAGGAAACACUAAGGCCUCUGGAAAACCACCAGGAGGCUCACAGCAAGUCACCAACCCUGUUGUUCAACGCUUGCCUGCCUUCCUCGACAAUCACAACUAUGCCAAGUCUCCAAUGCAGGAAGAGGAGGAUCUUGCUGCCGCUGUUGGACGUUCUCGAGUGCAAGGGCCUGCACGAACAGCAUAUUCUGAGGAUGAAGAUGACUAUGAGGAUGAAGAGGAAGUCACUGCAUCUGCAGGAGCAUCAACGAGGUUUAGACGGAAGGCAAGUCUGCGAUCACGAACAGGAAGGGUCGUAACAGGAAUGGAGAGCCAGCUUGCCCUCAGUGUUUUGGCUGAGAAACUAAAGAAGGAGGCCCAAAAAAAAGAUGCCCUCAACACACCACUCUCUGUGCGCACCGAAGGACGGACUGGCGGCAUUUGCAUCACAUCCGCUUCGCAGCCCUCACCCACACCUAGCAACGAGAGCACCGACACAGCCUCUGAGAUUGGCAGUGCCUUCAAUUCGCCGCUUCGCUCACCCGCACGCUCGCAGGCCGCGACACGUCCAUCUAGUCCCGUAGCAUCCCAUCUGUCACGCGUGCUGUUCGGAGAAGACGAAUUGCUUAGGCUAGACUCCCGACAUAAUCGUGCUGUAAGAGAACUUGGUCCGUCUGUCAGUGUGGCCCUGCUACACCUACUGGAGGAUGGAGUCAUUUAUUCUCUUCCACCAUCUGCGGAUUUGGCUGCAGAUGCUGCCAAGCCGCCUUGCAGUCCUGAGAAGAUAAAAGACAAAGAUCAAGUCGACAGGGAACCGACGAGCGAGAAGGACAAGGGAACAUCUGUGGAGAUGAAGAAAGAGGAGGCGGAGGAGAGAAAAGAUGGAGAUGAUGUGAAACCUAACAAGGAAAAGCACAGUGGUCUCGAGCCCGCUGUAGACAGCAAGCUCCCAGGGGAUAAGUACUCACCCAAAGAGUUGCUUGCACUGCUCAAGUGCGUAGAGGCGGACAUUGCCAAUUAUGAGGUUUAUCUCAAGGAGGAAGUAGAAAAAAGAAAGAAAUACAAAAUUGACGAUCAGAGGAGGACCCAUAAUUAUGAUGAGUUCAUUUGCACCUUUAUAUCAAUGCUGGCCCAAGAAGGGAUGCUAGCCAGCCUUGUGGAGCAGAAUAUUUCGGUGCGUCGUCGGCAGGGAGUGAGUAUCGGCCGCCUGCACAAACAGAGGAAGCCUGAUCGCAGGAAACGCUCCCGACCUUACAAGGCCAAACGCCAGUAAUUUUAAGGAAUCAUAUCUUCUCUGCAAAGUAACCUCUGUCUGUAAGGAUCAAUCGUAAACAUCAUGGUUAAACGGAAAACGCCACACUCGUGAACUUCAUCAUGACACCGGUUCAUUGUGGCGUUAUAGUCUCAGCUUCGUACUCCUCAUGAAACUGACCAAAUUGUUUGGUUAGUUUUUUGUUUUUGUGUUUUUAUCAUGUGUGUAUAAAUGUAAUACCUUUUUAGUGAUAUUGUGUACUGCUAGUUACAGUUUGUAAAUACGGAAUGAAAUGUACUUAAUGAACUUGAAUGCUCUUUGGUCAUGCAGUUUGUAAUGUUUUUGGGACACUUCAUUACAGGUUCAUGAUAAGCAUCGUCUGAUUUUCUUCCUGAAUAAUGGAUUCUUCGGCGUAUGUGUGUCAUAAAAUUACAUCUGCUAACCAAAUGCUGUGCCACUGAUGGGUACCCACCCAUCAAACACACAAUUCUUUUAAAAUGACAUUCCGUGUGGACAGUUUUAAACUCAAGGAAAAAAAAAAUCAUGAUCGUUACCCCUUGUGUCAAAGCUUUUUCAUCUUGCAGUAUUUUUUCCCCUCACUUUCUUUACAAGGUGAAUAAUCUUUUCUCUUUUUUUUGUACCUCAGAGAUCUAAGAGUGGAGUAAUAAUUCAUUUGCAUGUGCAUAUAUGUGUGUGUCUUGUACAUAUUUAUAUGUUACUCAGCUCAGCAGGAACUCCCUGAGCUCAAUUGCCAUUGUGCUUGUCAUUUCAUACUACAAUAAAGUAAAUUGAAACUGCA